AUGGAUUCUGCGACUGCCCAGGUUGUAUUGAAGCUCCAGCUCGACGACGUAGACGCUAUUCUGAAGACCUUGCCUAAAACUGACAAAAACGGUGCCGUCAACAGCGAACGAGUCGCAUUUGCGGCGCUUGGCGAUGAGCUUCUAAGGGAGUGGAACAAUCUUCGCGGCCAGGCCUUCGCUCGCAACAUUGGUCAAGAAGAAAACUCGAGUCGAGAGGCGUAUAAGAAGCUCUUGAGCGAGGAGCAGCAGGCUGAACGCGACCAUGAUUUAGCUUGCAGACUUGCCGGCAAGCCCGUACCACAACGCCCUGCAGUCCAGCACGCGCGCACUGUGUACAAGAACGUGGCAGACCAGAAGUCUGAGCCUGUCAAUGAUAAGACUAUCGCAGACAAGAACCUCCACUCUGAUCUCACUAGCAUGCAAACGAAACCUUCGAAGAACGGGCUCUUAUCUGGCAAAAAGUGUCUUGCCGAGGAUGAUUUGAAGCCCGAUCUUGGAUUAAACAGCUUUAAGCGUGCGCGUGUCGAUGAUGCAAAGGACGAAGACGAUAACUCCAUCACACCGCACAUUCGUACGACUACGUCAAAAAAGCGCACUGCUUCUCUUGAUCCGGCAAUAUUCAGGGAAAACGAAGGUGGAAGAACAAAACGAGCGAAACUUGAUAAUCCGACAAAUGAGUCUUUGUUCAGUGCCCAUGAUGGGACUGCACAGACAGGAACCUUGUCAGCAACUUGCUCUUCUUGCCUGGACAUACACGCGGCGCGCAAUAUGCUUCAGUUCCCAUGCAGGAACGACGGCGAUGUUGAGGCAUACUUCGCACUUCCCACCCCGAUGCUGUUCCAAGAUCAUACCGAUCUUCAGUUGCAUUCCAUUCUUACCCUCAGCAGUCUUUUCUAG